GAGAACCCAGCUGCCGCAGUCCAGAGUUCAAACAGCCUCAGUUCGGUUCCCUCCCGCAGACAGAACACUUCAGACCUGUAACCGGGUUCUCCUCACGCAGCCGUGCGGGUUUCGUCUCUUCUCGGAGUUUUCCGCAGACUUUUCGGCGCAGUUCGGAUUUUACGUGCAGAUAACCGAGCACCGGGUCCGCGGCGCUGCGACAUGGCGCGUUGGUUCCUGCCGUGGCUCCUGCUGGUGGUGUCGGCGCAGACGGUUCUUCCGCAGCCCGACACCAGAGCGGUCUUCGAGCUGAAGGUCCACUCCUUCAGCAGCGGCCGCAGCAUCUGCCGCCCGUCCCGGGACUGCCGCAUCUUUUUCCGCAUGUGCCUCAAACAUUCGCAGAACGUUAUAGACCCGGAGCCGCCGUGCACGUACGGGAACGCGAGCACCGAGGCUCUGAGCGCAGACCCCAGCUCCAUCUCCGAGAGCGCGCCCAUGAAGGUGAACGUCUCCUUUAAGUGGCCGGGUUCCUUCUCUCUGAUCCUGGAGGCAUGGAUCACAGACUCCUCGGGAUCAAAGUCCACAGGGGACCAGGACAACCUCCUGAGCCGGGUGGCGAGCCUCGGCAGGCAGACGGUGGGGCAGCAGUGGUCCCAGCAGGUGCACCAGGACAACCAGAGCCAGCUGGGCUUCUCCUACCGGGUGGUCUGCAUCAACAACUACCACGGAGAGGACUGCUCCUCCUUAUGCCGGCCCCGCAACGACACCUUCGGCCACUACCACUGCGACGCCGACGGCAGACGCCACUGCAUGGAGGGCUGGAGCGGCCAGUACUGCACGGACCCCAUCUGUGCAGGAGGCUGCGGCGAGGACCGCGGCUUCUGCGAGUCGCCCGGAAGGUGCAAGUGCCACGAGGGCUGGGAGGGGAACCGCUGCGACACCUGCAAGCGGCACCCGGGCUGCCUCCACGGCACCUGCCUGCAGCCCUGGCAGUGCAACUGCAAGGAGGGCUGGGGGGGCCUGUACUGCGACCAAGACCUGAACUACUGCACCAACCACCGGCCGUGCCAGAACCGGGCCUCCUGCACCAACACCGGCGAGGGAAGCUACACCUGCGCCUGCCGGCCCGGGUUCUCCGGCAUGAACUGCGAGGUGGAGACCAACGAGUGCGACAGCAACCCCUGCAGGAACGGAGGAAGCUGCAAAGACUUGUUGAACGGUUAUUCCUGCGCCUGCCCUCAGGGCUUCUACGGGACCGAGUGCCAGAUCAGCGCCAUGAGGUGCGCAGACGGGCCGUGCUUCAACGGGGGAACCUGCCAGGAGGCCGACACCGGCGGCUACAGCUGCCGCUGCCCGGCCGGCUUCACCGGCUCCAACUGCGAGAAGCGGAUGGACCGAUGCAGCAGCAGCCCCUGCGCUAACGGGGCCCAGUGUCGGGACCUGGGCAGCCGGCUGGUGUGCCGGUGCCGGCCGGGUUUCACCGGUCCUCUCUGCGAGACCAACAUCGACGACUGCGCCAGCAACCCCUGCCUCAACGCCGGCACGUGCACGGACGGCGUCGGUGGCUUCAGCUGCACGUGCACGCUGGGCUUCUCCGGCAAGGACUGCUCGGUGCGCAGCAGUCCGUGCGACUUCGUGCCCUGCAGCAACGGCGGCACGUGCUACGCCCACUUCACGGGCCCCGUGUGCCGCUGUCCCCCGGGCUUCGUGGGCGAGCGCUGUGAGUACUCCCUCAGCCCUCCUACCGCGAGGCCUCCUGCAGGAGGAGACUCGUCACCGGCGCUGAUCGCAGCCAUCGCGCUCGGCCUGAUGACGCUGUCGCUGCUGCUGUGCGCCGCCGUUCACGUCCUGCGUCAGCUCCGCCGGGGAAGAAAGCUGGCGGCCAUCUCCAGGUCCGUCAAGAACGACCUGGAGACGGUGAACAACCGCAACGCCGUGAUCGGCGGCGGCGGCCCCAACAACGGGGGUGUGGUGGGAGCGCCGCUGGGCGGCCUGAAGGAGAGGGAGGCCUUCCUGCUCCCUGGAGGUCCCUGUAAGGUGUCCAACAAGGACGCCGCCCUGGCAGAGAAGAGCGGCGACAACGUGUCCAUGUUUAAAAACAAAAUGGCCGACUGUAACCUGGCCAAGGAGGAGCGGCGCCUGGAGAAGAACAAGUUUGACCCAAUCAGCCAGAAGCACGACUCGUCCGCCAUCGUCCCGCCUCUGAGCUUGGCCAAGGACGGGCUGUACCACCCGCUCUUCAUCAUCCCCGAGCCCACGGAGCAGAGCGUGUUUGCCACAGAGGUACAACUUUGAGUUUUCAGACCACCAGCGGAGCAGCUUUCCUGCUGGAGGGCCUGAAACCUUUCUGUCCUGGACAGAACCACCAGAGGAUCUAUACUACACACAAGCUUUUAUUUAAUAUUUAUUACUGCUGCUCGAUGGAAACAGACACACAACAUAAAGACUUAUUCUGCUUCGAUAGUGACAAUGUUCGGAUGGCAAUGAGAGAAGAAGAAAAACUGAAUGUCCCGCGCCAUUUGCACUAUUUAUCUUUUUUAUACUUUAAACUCCUAAUUUAACUUUCUUUGCUUUCUUUGAACAUGAAAAAAUAUGAGUUUUUCAACCAGACGAUCCUGUUUGGCGAGAACAAUCCGGUAAUCUCCUCCGCUGCAGGAGCUGAAACUGCGUGAACAGUUUAGACUUUUUAACACGCCGUGUGCCUGAAAGCUGCAGAGUUUGGUAGACUCUGAACGUUUUACUCUCACCACGUCAUCGUGUUGCUUUCCUCUGGAGGCGGUUAUCACGCCGUGUCCUUCUGGAAAAGCACCAACGCUGACCUCACAAUCACCGUCCCAACCAGAAAACUUGGAAGUGCCUCGUUAAAAAAGCAGCUAACGGACGUAAAGCGGCAGAACUGCAGCUUAGUAAAAACUGGAUUUACUUUGACCUGUAACUCUCCGUGGUAACCCCACCAAAGAUCCAUCAGACCUGAGAAGUCCUACUGGACUGUAAGCUUCUCCAGGUCUUCCUCUCCAGAUGUCAUUCCAGCUCGCCCAGAUUGGACAAUCUCUGAACGCAUGGACAGACAAUCAAAGACGUGCUGAGAAUACCAAGAAGUCACAGAAAGUCCUGUCAGGACGGGAGUGCUGCGCUCCGUUUUUCUUCCAGUGGUCAUUCCAGGUCUUCUGCCACUCGUGCUCCUGAUUGUUGAAAAAUACCAACAAUCAGGAACCAGAGGAACCAGA